GUCAAAGUUACCGCGUUGUUUACAUUGUUAAGGACGGGGAGGGUUGACUUUCUCAGAUAAAUGCCCAGCGAAAGCUGUGAUAAUUUACGGAAUAGUGAUUCAAAAGACAAGCUGCAAUAUGGAAGACCCGAUCUAGAUGGCCAGUCAGAAAGAAAUGUAAAUCAACUAGUCCAAAACAAUUCAGUCGAAAAUUUACUUGAUAUACCAAUCCUAAGAAAUCAACUAACCGAAAUAGUGUCGUUCUCAGCUCUCGUCCCUUCACUUAAACCGUCAUGUGUAUAUGGAAAGCCAGCUGACCAAGUUUCAUCAGAAUCGAACGUCCAAAGCUUAGUCAAGCGCUACUUUGACGAAUUCGGAUUUCGAAUAGAUGAUCUAGAAGGAAGCCUUCCAAAUCCAUUCAUCGAAUCAUCGGCGAAUCGACGUGCUUGGUUGACCUGCUUGGAAUUCUCUCAUACUCAUACACUGGGUAUAUCAAGUCUAGAUGAAUAUGAUACCAGAUACAGUUCAGUUGGAUCUACUGUCGAUGAAGAUGACGAUCAACUAUGGUCAAGAGUAAAUUUACGUCUAGUUCAAUCACCUAGACUAACAGAACUUGUUCGAGGACAAGCUGUAGAUGUAGAAGCUCUUGUUAAAUCUAAUGAACAACUUGGCAUUCCUCAUUCCCUUCGGCCUCACAUAUGGCCUAGAUUAACAGGAGCCUUAAUAAAGGCAAAAGAAUCUAAACAACGUGUCCCUUCAGUUACGUAUACUGAAUUGGUUCAACUCAGCUCUACCGACACACUUUUGGCCGGAAUUCAAAUCGAAAAGGAUCUUUUCCGCACAAUGCCAAAUAAUUUGUGUUUCCAUUCUUCAAAUUCUACUGGUAUUUCGCGACUGCGUCGAGUUCUGCGUGCUCUAGCUUGGUUGUAUGUAGAUGUAGGAUAUUGUCAAGGCAUGGGAUUGAUAGCUGCAAAUCUAUUAUUAUGCUUAGAAGAAGAAACAGCUUUCUGGAUGAUGUGCAGUAUUAUUGAGGAUCUUCUACCACCAUCAUAUUUUUCAUCACUUAGUUUAUUGGGUGUACAAGCUGACCAACUUGUACUGAAUCAUUUGCUUCCAUUCUAUUUACCAGAAUUAGAUGCACAAUUAAAAGAAUAUGAAAUAAGUCUACCGCUUAUUACGCUACAGUGGUUUCUCACACUAUAUUCAAGUGUAUGUCCAACAGCUUUAACAUUUCGAAUAUGGGAUUUAUUAUUUUAUGAUGGCUCAGUUGUUCUGUUUCGCAUCGCCCUUGCACUUUUAUCGCUCAAAAACGAGGAAAUUUUGAGCCUGACCAAUUCAUCUCAGAUAUUCCACUCACUUUCUAAUGCACCAGGAUCAGUGACCGAUAUAAAUGGAUUAAUCAAGGUUGCCUACAGUCUAGAUGAGGAACAUUUGGAACCAUCAAAUAUCAGUAGUCUUAGACGUCAUUAUUUAGCUCAACUUAUGGUUGAUGAAGGCACUGUACUAAAGCCAGACUCUCGUCCUAAUUUGCCCAAACAAUAUUUAGCUAAACGACAAUUUCAACGACCGAAAUCCCUAUUCACCACAUUAUUUGCAUCUGUAGCAUCAAAUGGACAAACGUAUCGUCGGAUUACCGGCAUGGCUGUACCAUUCCAAUAUCCCAUUGGUAAAAAUGAGUUAUCACCGUCAUCAUCCAUGCAUUGUAAACCUGCAUAUGUGGAUGUCAGCUUACAUGAAGGCAGCGUUGAAGCGAAUGAUCCAAAGUUGAAGAAUGUGCAUCAAACAGAGAUACUCGUAGAAUUAAAACAAUCUAUCCAGUUGUUAUCAUAUGUCUUUAAUGUACGUAUACGGUUUGUAACAUCUUUGAUCUUCAUCAGAAUAUCAUCUGUUUGUUUACACUGUCAUAGUGAACUGUCUCUUUGCGACUAA